UUUUCGAGCAUCAUGUUGGUUUCUCCUCCUUGCUUGGAGCAUGGGAAGCCUGUCCUCUGAGCAGGGCCGCCAGCUGUAAAAGUCCAAACGCAGAAGAACAAGCCGCCAUGGCCGACAUUCUGGAGCUGCGGACGGACGGGAACUCUCUCCUAAAAGCGGUAUGGCUCCGCCGUCUGAGGCUCACCAGACUCCUCCUGGAGGGCGGAGCGUACAUCAACGAGAGCAAUGAACGCGGGGAGACUCCUCUCAUGGUGGCCUGCAUGUCCUCGCACGCCGACCAGCAGAGUGUCAGCAAGUCCAAGCUGGUCAAGUAUCUGCUGGACAACCAGGCCGACCCCAACAUACAAGACAAGGGAGGCAGGACCGCCCUCAUGCACGCCUGCAUCCAUGAGGCGGGGCACGAGGUGGUGGAGCACCUGCUGGGCAACGGAGCUGAUCCUAGUUUGGAGGACAGGAGCGGGGCCUCGGCGCUCGUUUACGCCAUCAACGCGGACGAAAAGCAGACAUUAAAGCUCCUCCUGGAUGCUUGCAAAGCCAAAGGCAAGGAGGUGAUCAUCAUCACCACAGAUAAGUCGCCGUCCGGUACCAAAACCACCAAGCAGUACCUGAACGUCCCUCCGUCUCCGGAGAUGGUCGACAAGUCGUCUCCGACCUACUGCGCUUCGCCUUCUGAUAUCAACGUCGCCGCGUCUCCCGCGCUCGAGCAGGAGCAACAAAACACGGUCUUCAGCUUCCAGACCAAGCUGAAAAUUUCCUGCUCGGCCAACAAGCUGGCCAACAACGGGCCCACGUCUCCCACGCGGCGGCCCGCCAACCACAAGCGAGCGCGUUUGCCUCAGCUCAAGCGCCUGCAGUCGGAGCCGUGGGGGCUCAUCGCGCCCUCCGUGCUGGCGGAGCGGGCAAAGAGCCGGGAAGAGGCCAAGAAGGCCAGCUCGGACGAGGAGGCGGCGGCGGUGGCGGUGGCGGUGGCGGGCGUGAACGGCCUGACGCUGAGCAAGAGAGGCGCUUUGUCUCGACAGAACAGCGUGGACGGCAAAGACGCCAAGCUGGCCGCCUCGCUGCCGGUUCCCCCGACCUACGAGAGACCUCCCAGCCAGCACCAGCCCCUGGCCAGACGGAGCACCGUGCCCACCGAGCAGGAGGGCAACAACAGCGGGCACGCCGGUCUCCGAGACACCUUGCACAGGAGACGACUCGGGAACGACCACUACGACUCCGACUCCCAGCUCUACUCGGACUCCGUCGUAGCGGACUCCCCCAAGAUCCCGGUGGAGCGAAGGAAACUGAACACCUCCCCUCUGGCCAUGCUGACCGGCUCCAGAGAGUCCCUGGACAGCAACAACAGCACGUCCUCCCCGAGCACCGCACGCCGGCGUGCGCCGGGCCUCCUGGAGAGGAGAGGCUCCGGCACCUUGCUCCUGGACCACAUCUCCCACACCCGGCCGGGCCACCUGCCCCCUCUCAACGUCAACCUCAAGCCUCCCAUCCCCGACAUUGGCGCCAGUAGCAAGCCCUCGUCGCCUCUGGCCAGCGGGAUCCGAUCCAUAGCGCCGGCGGCACCAAACACACCAAAGAGAGGCGGGCUGAAGUGCAAGAAGAAGCUGGUGAGAAGACACUCUAUGCAAGUGGAGCAGAUGAAGCAGCUCUCGGACUUCGAGGAGCUGGCUCAUUAG